UUAUCACAUCAUCAAUAUGAUUGAAUAUUGGUUUAUAAGGAUAAUGUUUAUUGCAUUAUCCUGUGUAAUAUUUAUGGCGUCUAGAACUACAGCGAUACCUCUACAUGCGAAUAUUAAUGAAUCUAAAUCAUCAACGGAUCAACAAAUAGCAUCGACAAUAACACCUAAAGAUGCUGCUAGUAGUGUAACGGAUGUGGAUAAUGAGAAUACACGAAAAGUUUUAGGAUCCAGUGUUGUAACCUCUGUGUCCGUGAUUAUGGAAACGAAUAAUGGUUCGCAUAAAUAUUUUGCUGAUGCAGCUGGACGUCCUGUCGCUCGACCCACAACAUCGUCACAAUUAGCAAGCCCAGUUACAUUAAUAAAUCCAGAUCGUUACGAAUUUUAUACCUUCAAUGAUGAUGGUGAUUUGGUAAAACGUGAAAUGACACUCAAAGAAAUUCAAAAAAUUAUUGCAGCUGGUGGUUCUGAAGAUGAUGUGACAAAUUUAAAUUCAUAUCGACCAGAGGAGUAUCAAAUAAAAAAUGCUGAAACUCGUGUUCAUGAUGUUGUUGCAAAUGUUCAAAGUGUAUUGAAAGAGGAAAUCGCAGCACAUAAAAACAAUCAGAUAAAUACAAGUGAAAAAGUUCAUUUACCAGAUUUAUCAGAAUUAUCAGCGUCGUGGUCAAUGUUUGGAACUGGUGAUGAUGCACAAGAUAUUGCAAUUAUUCCAGAUAUUGAAAUGAUGGAUCAAGGAUCAUUCGUUUCAACUAAACCAAAAUUACCCUCCACAACUGAAACCCAAAAUAGUCCCACGACUGAAUCUGUACCACAAACAUCUGAAGAAUUGAAAACAGAAAAUCCACUAAAUAAAAUAUCUAGUCCUGAAGAUAUAAAAACCGAGAAUCCACUUAAUAGAAUUUCUACACCUGAAAUUAAGCUUCAACCUUCGUCAACAAAUCCACCUGAACUUUUUAAAGAAAACGUUCCAUUAAGUACAAUUUCUACAAUUUUAUCUGAGUCUACAACGGUAUCUGAAUUAUUGAAAGAAAAUGACAAUAAAUCUGGGGAGCAAAUUUCAACCACCAAACCUGAAAUUUUCGAAGGAAGUACAACACUAAAAGUAUCAACUGAAAAAAUAGAAGAAAUAACCACAAUCAAUCCAAAUAACUUGUUAUUGGCAGCUGAAAAAUUAAGUACAGAAUUACCAGAAAAUACUAAACUAACCACAAUGGAAGAAACUUCUUCAACGCAAACAAUAACUGAGGAAAUACCAAAAACGUCAAUUGUACUCGAUGAUAAAUUAGAUUCAUUAUUAACGGAAAAAUCUGACAUAGAAUUAAAAUCAGAAAUAACCACUUUACCAUCAAAACUAGUCACAUGGAUUCCCGAUUUAUCUAGCGUAUCAACCACUUCGGAACGUAUCUCAACAACUCCAGAAAUUAUUACAACAACAACAAGUUUCAGUACAGCAUCUCCUACUAAACUACCAAGCACAAAUGAAAUCUUACCAAAUUUAACAACAUCUGAUGAAUUAGAAAUACAAAAUACUAAAUUCGUUCAAAUUUCGUCAUCGAAUGAUAAAACCACAACUUCAGAAGAGGCUAGUACAACUGAAGAAAUUCCUUUAAAAUCAACUAUUCAACAAUUAGAAAUCGAAACAUCCACAGAAGUUAUAGCCAAAGAAUAUACAACUAUUAAAGAAGAAUUAACAACGACUGAAGAGCCAAAUACAACGCCAAUUAAUUUGAUUAACAUUUUAGCAGAUAAAACUAAUCUUAAAUCAACAUUAAUCGAAAGCGUUGAUCAAAUUAUUGCACAAGUAACAGAUAAUGUACCAAACGAUUUUACAACGGAUUCGAAUGAAAUACACAGCGUUGCCGAAAGUAUGCUUAAUGUUAUAAAUACAACGAACUUGGAGAAAAAUAUUACAAUGGACCAAUUCCAAGCCCAAUCUGCAACCAUUGCUUCAUCGUUAACCGAUCAAAUUGCUCUGACUUCAACGGAAAUCUCAAGUACUGAAUCCGAAGACAUUGCAACCACAACAGAAACUAAUCAAUCUGAUGAUAUUGAAAUCGUAUUUGAAGAACAAGAACAACAAACGGCAAAUAUUUUAAAUGAGGCAACUACAAUUCAAGAUAAUGAAAUUAUUUUAUCGAAAGAAAGUGGGGAAAUAAUUUUAGAUAUAUCUGAUGAAACAACGGAAGAAAAUCUUCCUGAAUCAACAACUAAAUUAGAAAUGUCAAUAAUUAGUGAAACAUCAUCCACUUCAUUUAAAUUAGGUGGUGAUUCAGAUGAAAAUUCGGUAACAACUGAAGAAAUGAAUACGGAACAAGAUGAUUUAGCCACUACCACGGAAAUUCCUAAAGUAGAAAGUGAAAAUGUUAAGACAAAAUAUGCAGAAAUUGAUUUGAAAGAUGACGCUAGUAUUACAACAACCGAAUCCAAUGAAAUUAUUCCCGAAGAAUCAAAAACUACUGCAUAUUUUGAAGAACGACCUACCACAACUGAACCUACAGAAGAUGAGAGCACUGAAUCAUUAGACGAACAAAAGUCUACAACUGAAUCAUCAGAUGAACAAUCUUGGAAUGAAAAUACAACCUCAUCCGAGGAAGAUAAAAUAGACACUUCAACUGCAUCUUCUGAAGAAAGUGAUGAAAGUUCUAACAGUUCAUCUUCAGAGGAAAGUAAUGAAAUUUCAACCACUGAAAGUAUUGCUGAAACAACUACUCAGUUAUCUGCUGAAGAAUUAACGACCACCGAACUACCACAGAAAAGUGAAAAUUUUGAAAUUGCAGAAAGUUCAAACAUUCAAUCCGUUACAACUGAAGAAGAUAAUUUAUCAACGACAACCGAAAAUUACGAAUUAACGACAAAUUCAGAUAAUAUUUUAGCGAAAUUACCGAUCAAAAAUACCAGUAGUAUAGCAUUACGUUUAGAAGAAACCACCACAAAAAAUUUCCCAAUUAUUAAAGAAAUUAUUACAACAGAAUUCCCGGAAAAAUUCACAACCAUUCAAUUUGUAGAAACUACACCAAAACCAUUACCAAAACCUGCUAAAGUUGACUUGGAAUUAGAAAAACAAAUGUUAGAAGCUGAGGAAAAGAUUUUUGCGAGUACAACUACAAUCCCUUCUAAUGACGAAGAUAAACAAUUUACCACUGAAAUAAUUCCUAUAACUGAAAAACAAACCGAAAACAUUGAAGCAAAUGAAGAAACGACAGUUAAAAUUUUACCAGAAUCGCAAGAAAUCGCAUUUUCCAAACCAAUUCCAAAUACAGUUUUAGUACCCGAAAAUUUCACUGUGGAACAAACUACCAUCAAUUCUAUUGAAUCUACAACCGUAUUAUUAAAUGAGAGUACAGAGCAAGCGGAUGAACCAUCAAUUGUCACUGAGAAACAAUUAUCAACAACAAUUCAAUUACCUGAAACGAGUACGAAAAAUUCGUGGAAACUAGUACCAAUUAUUUCGCCAGUAACUGAAAAGAAUAAAACGAAAAAACCAAAACCAGAUAUUAAACCAUUAAAAACUGGAAUAUUUGGCUUCCAACGACCAAAUAUAUUCCGUCCUGCAACACCAUCAGCUUCCACAUAUUCUUCAAAUGUCAAUUUAAAUCCAACACCUGCAGAAAAUUUAGGCUUAGAAGCAACUACAGUAUCAUUAAGUGACGAUAUCAAUCAAUUCAGUCAACUUUGUAACGAAUUAGCAUUCAAAAUAUGGAGUACAGUUACCUCAAAAGGUAUCAGCAGCGUACGAAGUGUAUUUAUUUCACCAUUCGCAGUUACAUCCAUGUUAGCUAUGGUAUUCUUGGGAGCACGUGGACCUACAUCCGGUGAAAUGAACGACAUUCUCCGAUUGGAUGAUAUGGUAACAUUUAACCCACAUUUAGUAUUCCGAAACAUAACGGAAUCCAUUGAAUUGAGUAAAUAUUCUGGCGUGUCAAAAAGUGUUAUAAUUCGAGAACUAUUUAGCGAUCGUAACAAAGGAAAAUUAUUAGACUUUUAUAAGGAACGUGCUCGACAAUUUUAUGAUGGUCAUGUAGAAGAAGCCAAUUUUAAAAUUAUUGGUAAUUUGGUAAAACAUCGAACUAAUUUAUUGGUACGUCGACAAACUGGUGAUAAAAUUAUGGAUUAUAUUAAAGGAAAUUUAAUUGUUUUACGAUCACCAUUGGCUGCCUUGAGUGCGAAUAUUUUCCAAACUGAUUGUUCUUUAGGAUCAACUGAAGGUCGAGAUGGUGAAUUACAUUUUAUUGUUUCCCCAACAAUUCGUCAAAGGCGCUUAGUUCCGGUACCAGCUGUUGUAUAUCGAACUGGAUUUUUGGCUGGAUAUGAACCUGAAUUAGAUGCUACCGCUAUCGCAUUAGGAAACGAUCAAGUUGUCAGUAUGAUCUACGUUGUACCAGGUCAACAAGGAAAUGCAGCUCCAGGUGAUGGUCUUUCACGACUAGAAAAAUAUUUGACUGAACAAUCAUUUAAAACGAAUGCAUGGUCAAAACUCUUACGCUCAUUAACACCUCGACCAGGACUAGAAAUUCAAAUACCACGAUUCUCACAUCGUUCUGUGAUCAAUGCUACACAAGCCUUACAAAGAAUGGGCUUACGUGAACUAUUUAAUCCAAGCAAGGCUGAUUUACGUGGCUUGAAUGGCAACAAAAAUGAAUUACAUUUAUCCGACAUGAUUCAAAUCAAUAACUUUACGACUUGCGGUGAAAACUAUGUUUCGGAACGAACACAUCAUAUUGAAGUUUACCCAGCCGUUCCAAUACGAUUAUCUAAAUCCGAAGAUGAAGAUUUACCAGAAGAUUUCCAAGAUGUAUUUAACGAAGAUGGUAUCCGUGAUUCAAAAUACUUAGAAUAUGCAGAUGAACCACGUGAUUAUCAAAGAGCUUUCCAUGAUCCCGUGCAUGAUCCUAGUAUAAUGGAAUUACCGUUAGCUUUACGACCACGACAAGCCAGAAUACCCGAUCAACCACGAUUACGUUUAGAUCGACCAUUCUUAUAUUUUGUUCGACAUAAUCCAACGGGAUUAAUAUUACAUAUGGGACGAUUUAAUCCACGAUUAUUGCCAUGAAAAACGUGCGUGUUUGAAUGCUUGAAAGUAUUAAUUUAAUUUAAAUAAACAAAAAGAAAAUGGCUUUAAAAAUAUUUUCAUAACAAGUUUUUGCGUACUUUUUUUUAUAUAAAGAGUAUUUAUUAAAGUUUUCUUUUCCUGGGGAUUUUUAUUUUUGUGGUAUGUUUUUGUUUUUCUUCUCAUGAUGGGACGGAUAUCCUUGAUGGUUUUUAGAGACAUGAAGAAACAUUUUUGUUUAAAUUCUAUUGCUAUAGCAAAAUUUGUUAUGUCUCUAGGGGUGAGUGUAAUAUAUAAAACACAAAAAAAUUGUAUAAAAAAAAAUCAUUAACACAAGCGUUCAUACAAUAUGUAUAUCAUUAAAAUACUGCA